AUGAAGCGAUUCUCAGUAGAAAUCGGUGUCAAGACCCUGUUCUCAUUCGACGGGCUGACGCCCGGGACUUGGUUUGCUUUCCGAAUACACUACCAGCUCUACUACGAAAGUUCACAACCACAGCAUGAACUGAAAACGAAACAGGAAAUUAUCGUGCGAACGAAGGAAACGCAACAGGAAGACCCAACGAAAAUCAACGACAGCAUUGCGUACAUUGACGACCUUUUUCUUACGAAGGACAACAUCUACAUUGGUGUCGCUUCGGUAUUUAAGGACACUAAAAAGGUGAGGUUUUCGACCGAUUUCGCUUCUGCUCUUGCCUGCAGUGGCAGCGUUUUAGUUCAUCCAUGCACUCGUCAUCACCUGAAGACCAAAUUGGGUCCCGCCACAGCGAGCUUUGUUCGAUUCAAUUCAACUAGAUUAUUAACUGCGUUGUUCGAAAGGAGUGCUGAAACCGCUGGCACAACAAUCUUGUAUUUCGAAACCUCAUACUUCCCUUUUCUUCGCGUCGCUAUUCAAAAUCGAACCAGUGAGACGUUUCGCGGAAAGGAAUGGUGUGGUAGUAUUGACGAAGCGCAGCAACUCCUCUCCUCCAGUGAGGGACACAUGCAGCGGGUCAGCUGGUUACGGUGGUUCUUCGGUGGCCUUCUGAUGCUUCACAUUUUCUCAUCACCACCUGGAUUU